GAUGUCUGAUUUGUGAGUCACAUAACCUUUGUUCACAUCUCUUCCCUGAGAGUCAGACACUUCGAUCGAGAGAGAGAGAGACCGCCACGAAGAAGAUUCCGGAGAAUGGCGACGGCGAUUGUACGUUCCGCUCUUUCCCGAGCAACGAUCCGCGCAGCUCCGAGGACAUCCGUCGCUCAUAAGCGAAGCUUUUCCUCUUCUGCCGGCCACGACGAUGCUUACGAAGCUGCCAAGUGGGAGAAGAUAACUUAUCUGGGUAUUGCUAGUUGCACUGCUCUAGCCGUCUAUGUUUUAUCCAAGGGCCAUCAUCACGGCGAGGACCCUCCUGCCUAUCCGUAUAUGCACAUCCGCAACAAGGAGUUUCCUUGGGGUCCAGACGGUCUGUUUGAGGUGAAGCACAACGAAGGGCACUGAAUCCUGCGUCUUUAGAAUAAUUUCUUCUUGGCUCAUUUGAAUGGCUAAAUGCCUAUCGUCUUUGUUUUUACUUUGUCAACUAUUUGCUGUUCCAAUCUCCUUUCAUUUGUUGGGAAAUAAGAUUGUUUAACUUUGUCAACUAUUUGCUACUCCACUCUCUUUUCAGUUGUUGGGAAAUAAGAAUAAGACUUGGUUUUGUUGUUAUCAAAGCUAUGUUUCCUCAAA